CACUGAUGCACACUGAUAGGCGUCACUGAUUGGCAGCACUGAUAGGUGGCACUGAUGGGUGACACUGAAAGGCAGCUCAGAUGGGCACUGAUAUGUGGCAUUGAUGUGCACCAGUAGGCACUGAAAUGUGGCACUGAUGGGCACUGGCAGGUGGCAUGGAUGAGCACUGACAGCUGGCACUGAUGGACACUGACAGAUGGCACUGUAGGGGCUACACAGAUCAUCAGGGCACACUGAUCAUCAGUGCUCUGAUGAUCUCUUUCAGAGUGACAGCUCGAGAGGAGAGAAAUGCCAAUAACCGGCAUUUCCCUGUUUACAUGUGAUCAGCUGUGAUUGGA